AUGCCGCCCCGCCGCUCCGCGCGCCUCGCCGCCGCGGCGGCGGAACCCGAGCCCGGGUCCGAGAGCGACAGCGUGUACUACACCGACGGCGCAUCGGACGACGGCGGCGAGGACGAGGAGGAAGGAGAGGAAGGGGAGUCGGACGACGACGACGACGACGACGACGCCGACGACGACGACGACGACGACGCUUCCGAUGACGAUUCUUCCUCGUCGUCGUCCGACUCCGAGGCGUCGCGCGAGGAGCAGACGGACUGGAUGCGCAAAGUCGCCGCGGACGCGCUGAUGCUUUACAACCCGUUGGAGUCGUCGUCGGACGACGCCGCGCGCACGCCGCAAGUUUGGCGCGCGAUCGCGACGAAGCACGCGCGCGGCGUUGAACCGCGGUCGCGUCCGGGCGCCCCCGCGAUGCGCGUGCGCGGCGUGCGCACGCCGCAGGAGGUGACGUAUCACUACUCGCGAAGCGCGCCCGCGAGCGCGCUGGCGGCGGACCACGAUCUCGUCGCGGAGACGCGGCGCAGGAGCGGCGCCGCGGCCGCGUCGCCGAUCGCAGCCGCGCGGAAGCGACGCGUCGUCCAACGCGACGAUGAUUAUUAUAAUCACGACGACGCGGACGACGCGGACGCCGCGGUCGCCGCCGCGGAUGCCGACGCCGCCGACGCGGACGACGCGCCGUCGCCGUCGAAGCCGUCCGUGUCCGACCUCCUGCGCCGCCGCGAGUCCGGGCUCGCGGCGCGGCACGCGUCCGGGCGCUCGCGCGAGCGCGUCGCGCUCGCGUCGCGCUUCCUCCCCGUGCAUCACGACCGCCUCGUGGACCAGGCGCGUCUGAGACUGCUCCCCAUACGACCCCGUUCGCGUUGUGAACUUCAUUCCUUAAGGACUUUCUCUCCCGGCUUGGACUCGCGAGCCUACUGCGGCCGAUUCUCCCCGGACGGGUCGCUGUUCGCGUGUGGGUUCCAGGACCGCGUCGCGCGCGUGUACGACGUCGAGGAGGGCUUUAAGAUCGUGAAGGAGAUUCACUGCAGGAAUUUGCGGUGGACGGUGACGGACGCGGUGAUCGCGCCAGACUUGAGGCGCGUUCUCUUUUCACACUAG